CCCAUCGCACACUAUCAUGGAUCUCUUCUCAAUACCGAAAUAUACUCUCCAAGAUAUCCUGGCCGUGGCUGCUAUCCAUCCUUUCUAUAACUCCCAUGUCCGAUUUCCACCAACAGACCCUCAAAUCAAAGAGGCCAUCCGCAAUGUACGAGAGAAGGGAUGCCCAGCUUUGACCAGCUUGCCUCUAACUCAUAAGGACAAUCUAUAUCAGACCAUCCAAAGAUUAAUAGCAGACAAUGACCCGGACAAUGUUUUCCGCCACGCUUGCUAUAUCAGCACCACCGGCGGUGGCUCAGGAGGGCUUCCAAUGUUUUAUCUCACUGAUACAUGGGAGAAUCGCAUCCAGAGAAUGUCAAUGGGCAAGUUAAUCCGACAAGGUGGUCUUAUCGUACCGGGUGACUGUGUCUUAACUGUGCAUACAUCAGGGAACUUAUACAGAUCCCUAGACUUGACAGCGGAAAUACUAGAGAACGCCGGCGGAACAGUCUACUGUGCUGGCCAUCUCAUGCCACAUGCAGAAGUAAUGCGGUUAGUCUCUGGCUUCCGCAUUAAUGUCAUCAGCGGCGAUUCGAGUCAGAUCCUACAAUUUGCCUUGCAUGUGUCCACACUACCUGACUCGGAGCGCAAAUCAAUUCAUAUCAACAAGAUCUUCUACACAUCUGAGCCGCUGGUGCGAUCGCAACGGGCGUUCAUCAAUUCGGUGUUCGGUGGUGAUGUAUUGAUCUACUCAAUGUUCGGAAGUGCCGAAAGUGGUCCUUGGGCUGUGAUGAACCCUGCUGUGACGGGGUAUAGGGAAGAUGAUGACGCGGCUGACUUCAUAUUCGAUACUCGCGAUACCAUCGUCGAGGUUUUGCCUCGAACAGUGGGUGAAGGCUCUGCUGGGGAUGGCAUAGAACCUCUUCGGGACGGUGAACUUGGUGUUCUUGCAACAACUUCACUCCAACGUCUCCGGAAUCCUCUAAUUCGGUACCUAACAGGAGACGUCGGUUCAUUGCAUCCACUGCCAAAGACAAAUCUCAUUGAUCCGGAAGAAGCUCAACACUUCAAAGUCCUUCGAAUGCAAGGACGCGAUAAACGGUUCAGCUUUGAGUGGCAAGGGGAAUAUUACGACUUCAAGGUUAUCCGUGAUUUGAUACAAUCGGAUGAAUUCUCCGUUUUGCAGUGGCAGAUUAUUCGCAGUGAAACGUCGAUCCAUACGCAUAAUCUUCAAAUCCGACUUCUCCAGGGCCAAUAUAAUGAUCGGAGACUGUCUGAUGAUGUUCUGGUUUGGAAACUGAAGAAGUUCUUCAAUGUCGUCCCAGAUAUAGAAGGAUACUUCCAAGUUACUUUUGUUUCGGGCUUACAAGAGUUUGAGCGCAGCAAGACCGGCAAUAAAGUGAUGCAUUACUUGGAUUUCAAGAGCUGAAAGAAAUGUAUAUAUAUAUAUUACUAGCAGUCUCACGCAUGUCAACUUCAUUGUUAUCGAGUUCCAUUCGAUCAUUUGUUUAUAUCGUCAGAAUGGUAUAGCUGCAAGAAGGGCAUUUUGUUUGAGUGCACAGAAAACAGAGAUAUAUAAACCCGAAUGCCAAUCGAUUUC